CCUUGGCCCCAGAGCCAGAACCAGGAGCAGGGGCUCAGCCAGGAAGAACUUCCCCACAACAAGAGCUCUCUCCAGCAUGAUGGAGAGAUAGCGGGGUCCCUCUCCUUCGAGGGCUUCAAGCAGAUGCUGAACGACCACUUGUAGGAGAUGUGAUGUCAGGGAUUCGAGGACUAGGUUGUGCCCUACUGUAUCUGCGCCCUCUCCUCCAGUUCUGGGGACAAACAGAUGGUUCCUGUCUCCUUCCCUGCCCAGGCAGCCAGCUGCUCCCUUGGCAGGAAUGGGUGAUGCCUGAUGCCCCGUCCCCCGCCCCAGAGCCACACUUUAGCUGAAUUCAAGUCUUCCUGGCCAGAAAAACCGGAAAGAGCUUUUUGGGCAGAAACGUCCCUCCCCCGUGCCCUGGGAAUCCCCAGGCCGGACAGACGAUGGGAUAUCCAGGAGGAAGUGACCCGUUGCCGACCAACACGAAGCAUGGGGCAGCUGUGGUUAACAAGGCCACCGUGUCCAGCCCCCUGCCUCAGGAACUGGCCUGCUAGCAGAGCUGAGUAAAUUCUUGUUCUCCAAGAAAGACAAUGCCCAGGGAGUUUCUGCAUCGAGGCAGGCCGGCCCUGGGUGAGGGGGGCUGGCUGGGCCUGGUCCUCAGCUCCAAUAGAGCAUAGGGGAAAUGGAGAAGGCGUGGAGCCCGUGGCCUGGGGCAGGGGCUGGGGGAUGCAGUUUCCAUUAAAGCCAGCCCGGGCCUCCCCCUCAUGGAGCUCAGUUAGCAGGGUCUGCCCGGCCUCUUCCCACAUUCGACAGCACUCCACAUGACACACUGAGGGCAUCAGCGAGGGCUCAGGAAGCUGCUGGGAGAAGUUUGGGGCGGGCAGGCUAUGAGUGCUUGGCACACAGGAGUGCCUUCAUAAAUGCCAAGUGUGGACUGAAUCGGGAAAGCUUCCUGUAGGAGGGGGUAUUUGGGUUGGACUUGGAAAGAUGGGCAGGAUUGCAAGAAGGGGUGUGGGGGGAAGGCAGACAUUCCUUCCAGCUUCCGAAACAGUGUGAAAAAAAGGCAGGAACAAUACCCUCGGCUCAGAGAUCCAGAGAUGGUUGGGACCAUCGUUCCCAAUCCCCACGUUUUACAGAUGAGGAAACUGAGGCUCCAGCAGGUUGCAAAGUCUUUGCCCGGGUGCAGGGCCAUGAUGAGUGUGUCCCGAGGACAGGGCUAGCCACUCACAGCUCUUCUAUCUCUCCUAGGCCAGACCAGCUGCGGCCACCUUGCCUGGCCCCCAGCCAUGGCUUUGUGCCUGAAGCAGGUGUUCAACAAGGACAAGACAUUCCGGCCGCGGAAGCGCUUUGAGCCAGGCACUGAGCGCUUUGAGCUCUACAAGAAGGCGCAGGCCUCGCUGAAGUCUGGCCUGGACCUGCGGGCCGUGGUGCGGCUGCCUCCCGGUGAAAGCAUCAAUGACUGGCUGGCGGUGCACGUAGUGGACUUCUUCAAUCGCAUCAACCUCAUCUAUGGCACCAUGGGCGAGUGCUGCACAGAGGCCAGCUGCCCUGUGAUGUCGGGCGGCCCUCGCUACGAGUACCGCUGGCAGGAUGAGCAGCAGUACCGGCGGCCCGCCAAGCUGCCCGCGCCCCGCUACAUGUCGCUGCUCAUGGACUGGAUCGAGGGACUCAUCAACAAUGAAGAUGUCUUCCCCACCCAAGUGGGAGUCCCCUUCCCCAAGAACUUCCAGCAAGUGUGCACCAAGAUCCUGACCCGCCUUUUCCGGGUCUUUGUCCAUGUCUACAUCCACCAUUUUGAUGGCAUCAUCGCGAUGGGCGCAGAGGCCCACGUCAACACCUGCUACAAGCAUUUCUACUAUUUUAUCCAGGAGUUCAGCCUUGUGGACCACCGGGAGCUGGAGCCACUGAGAGAGAUGACAGAGAGGAUCUGUCACUGAGCCCCCAACUGCCUGGGGAAGAUGCUGACCUUUGGCCUGGAGCCCCUGGGACCUUGGUGGGGAAUAGGCAACCGCCCAUGACUGUGGCUGUGGAGAGACCCACCACCACUCUGCUCCUCUGGUGCCCCUCCUCUGAAGCCCUCCAAAUGCCAGUUCUCAUCUUCCAGAGUCUGCCCACACUCUCUCCCUCAGGAAGUGUCUCCAAAAGGACCCAGAAGAAAGAUGGACAGAAAAGGGAAAUGUUUCAGAAAUCGCUGGGCAGGAGGGUGUCAUGAGUCUGAAAUCUCCUUAGGGAGUCCUCCCCCACCCUCACCCCAAGCUGGACGAGGCCCCUGAGCAGCCUUGGGGAGAUCCCUGACAUAGGGGUAGAAUUAGAACCAAAAGUUCUCAGACAGCGUAGGGGCCAGAGCCAGGAGGGCCUGAGUGUGACCUGAGAGAUCACCCGCCUUCCAGGGGCUGUGAGUGAAGUCGAGAAGCAUUUACCAUGUGCUAGGCAUUGAGCUGAGGGCUGCCUGGCCCAUGUGUGGGGGCCUCUGUGUAUGUGUGUGUGUGUGUGUGUGGUGUGUAUUCUUCUGUAGCUCCCAGCUUCAUGUGUCAGAGCUGAGGGCCUUGUGCGGAUGGGGCAGUAAGUGAACAAUAUUUUACAACAGUGGGGGGUGUCUGUGCCACCAUUCCUCCCCCAGGGAGGACUCUGUAGAACCAAGGAGUAAGAGAUGGCUCCAUGAACAGAUGGGCCCCUGGUCCAGACUGCCCUGAAGGCCCCAGACCCAACUCUGUUUCCCAAGCCUGAGACUCAUCCAUCCUCUCGACUCAGGGAAAGCCCUCACUGAGGCUGUGCUGGGAGGGAGGGACCUUCCUGCUCUUACAGGUCCCCCCAAGUCGUUUUCUGGGGAUUGACCACAGGCCUGCCAGCCACGUGGGCCUUGCAUCUAACCAAGCUCUCAUUUGCUAUAGUUUGAGCUCUGCUGCUGCUUGUUUGGUCUUUGGCACAGAUGGAAGCCACCCACUGAGCGCCUGCAAAGACAUCUUUGGGCCAAGCCCAUCUGGGCUUAUGAGGCAGCUCUUAGGCUGUCGAGACAUCAGAGAAUAAGCUUUUUGGAUUGAAGAGACAGUUCUUGGAUUCUUCCCCAAACAAAUCUGGCCCCUUUUGUUACAGCCCUUCCCCAGAAAACCACUUUCCCAGGAUGCUUCACUCUUGAAGUAAAGGGUUACCAGCUAGAGAAACAUUGAGGAGUGUGUGUGUGGCCAACCCAUAUGCCUCUUUCUCUUUCUGUUCAUUCACACACACCCAUCCUUCACACACUCAUUGAAGACUCAAUGGGGGUUGAAGGUGGAGAAAGAGUGCAUGGGGCUUCCUGCUGAGCUCUCCCCACUGCCUCCCCAUUCACUACCCUAAUUAGAUGCCAGAGUCAGGUCCACCACUCAUUCAGCCAAUCAUUACUGAACACCCCCCACCUCCUCCUCCAACUCUGAGCCAGGCCUUUCCAGGGGGGGAGAUGUGAAACAGGGCAGAGCUAGUCCCUGCCCGCUGGGAGCUUCCAGUCUUAGCUUCUCAGAAUGCCGGAUUUCAGCAGAACCUUUGCCCGCCCACCUUAUACACUCUGAGAGAAGCUUGGUUGGGAUCAGAGCCAACCGGGACUAAACUUAAGAGGGUAGGGGAAGACCCCCCCCCCCAUCCCCAGAAACCUGAGCCUAAUUGACUCUUGCCAUUCCCAGGGGAUUCUUCACUCUGAAGACACUGAAGGAAGCAGACUGGGGGGGAGGGGAGGGUCAGAGCCCGGAGGGGUUUCCAGGAAGCCUGGGCUUCUCUGCACCCCCACCCCACCUCGUCACCCAGUGGCCAAUCCGAGGGAUUGGAAUCACCCUUUGCUGGGGUCACUGCUGAUCCACAGGGAAAGGGAAGCUAUUUUUCUUAAAUGAAGGGAGAGCGUAUUGUUUUUAUUUUAAACAAAGAAAAAUAAAGAAGAAAGACCGCCUGAGCCUCUAUGUCGGGCCAAAUGGGUUCUUUGAUGUCCAAAGACUUAAAAGCACCGACCCCCGGCCGUGCGGGGUGCCUGGGUCUGAGGAGGUCAGCCCAGCCGAGGGUGGGGCUGGGAGGACUCUGCGCUCUGGUGGGAGGGCUCAGCCUGGGGCUGGGAGGGGCUGGGAGCUUGGACCUGCAGGGCUUCUCCAGGUGCUGAGGCGAGUCCAUACCGGGCUCCCCUAGAACUGCUGGGGGCUCCCCCGAAACGCAUCUGAGCUCUUGCCGCCCAAGGCUGGCUUAGCGCGGGCUUCUUUCCUCUCCGAGUCAAGCCUGACCCUUUCUGGUCCCUUUUCGGGACCUCCUUCAGGCUGGGGGACGCGGCAAGCGAACCUCGUGAGGCCCCGGACCGACGUGUCCCUGUGUUUUCUGGGCCAAGGCCAGGCUCGCAGUCUCCCGGGCUGAGGCAGCCCCACCCAUGGGGCCUAGAACUGCUUGGGGGGGGGAAUGUAACGAGCCCCAAAAUUCCAGGAAGGGACCCUGGCAGGUUAUCCUGCCUUCCUUGGAGCACGGAUGGUCGUUCCCUUCUUCACCAGGCAGCUCAGCCUGUCUUGGAAAGUUCUAACUCACCCUCCAUCCAGGCUUAACCAGUCUCCGCUCAGCCCUAGUCCUCUCCUCCUCCUCCACCAGCCGUGGCUCCCAGUUCUGCCUGCUGAAGCUGAGCAGAAGGCGGAAGAGCCAGCAGAAUACCUGGACACAGCCCCAGCCAUCUCUUCUAGAGAAGGGAGGAGGGAGACACGCAACGCGUACGCGGAUCAAUCAGUACAAAAUAAACUCAGAUUCAGAGAACGAAGGCUCUCAGUGAUCCUGCCCUCAAGGAGCCCACAAUCUAAUGGGGCGUUUAAAGUCCUUCUAAACAUCCUCCUCCCCCCAAGUACAUUUAGACUCGGUGAUACUGGCCUCCUGGCUAUUUCCUGCAUAAGACCCUCCAUCUCUCAGCUCCAAGCAUUUUGGGGGGGGGGGCAAUGAGGGUUAAAUGACUUGCCCAGGGUCACACAGCUAGUAAGUGUCUGAGGUCAGAUUUGAACUCAGGUGCUCCUGACUCCAGGGACGGUGCUUUAUCCACUGUGCCACCGAGCUGCCCCUGCUCCAGACGGACCCCUGCCCGGAAUGCCCUCUCUUCUCAUCUCUGCCCUUUGUCUUCCUUUACUUCCCACCUAAAAUCCCACACUCCACAGGAAGCCUUUACUGAUCCCCCUUAAUGGGAGUGCCCCCUCCUCGGAUAAUCAUUCACACUUUAUUCUGUCUAUGGCUUGUUAGAACACACUUGUUUUGUGUUGUCUUCCCCAUUAGAUUGUGUGUAUCUCUAGCACUUAACACAGUGCCUGGCACAUAGUUGACCCUUAAUAAAUGCUGGUUGACUAGUGAGACAGAGA